CACGAUAUUACUAACACACGGCGUCAUCAAUUAUUUCUACCGAGGACACGCAACACAUGCACACAGAGGUUAAGUUGGAUAUAUUUCGAGCGGCAAAACUCGUAAACGUUAUGGAAAAAGAAAACAAAGUUAUGGACGACGAUGAAGAAAUGAAAUUAAAAGAAAAUUGUAUUAACCAUGAGAAAGAUAUAGAAAUUACCUGCAGAGAAGACCUAACCCCGUAUUUCAAAGCUUGGGAUCACAGCAUCAAUAAAAUUCACUUGUCAGAGGUACCACAAAUAUGCAAGGAUGAACCGUGUCAGCUUGGUAUCGACGAGGCUGGACGUGGACCGGUCUUAGGGCCCAUGGUUUAUGGAAUUUCUUACGCACCUCUAUCGGAAAAACAGCUUCUCGUUGAUUUGGGUUGCGCCGAUUCCAAGAGUUUGACAGAGGAGAAAAGGGAUGUAAUUUUUGACAAAAUCUGCGGGCAGCACGAAAUUAUAGGUUGGGCUGUGGACGUUAUAUCUCCCAAUAUUAUCGCAAAUAGCAUGUAUCGUCGUGUUAAAACUUCUUUAAACGAGGUGUCUAUGAAUUCUGCAAUUGAGUUAACCAAAUUGGUAAUCGAAGCUGGUGCAAGGAUUACAGAGAUCUACGUAGAUACGGUGGGUAAACCAGAAAAAUAUCAGGCUAAACUAGAGCAAAUUUUUCCAGAUAUAAAGAUAACGGUCGCAAAAAAGGCUGAUUCCACGUAUCCUAUUGUUAGUGCUGCCAGUAUUUGCGCAAAAGUUUCUCGAGACCAUGCUAUUAGAGCUUGGCAUUUUCUUGAGGGACCAAUAACAACGGAAUUUGGAAGCGGAUAUCCGAAUGAUCCAGAAACUAAAAAAUGGCUGUCAGAAAACGUAGAUUCUCUAUUUGGAUUCCCACGUAUUGUCAGAUUCAGUUGGUCUACUGCUGAGAAGAUUCUGGAAUCACAGGCAAUAUCCGUUGAGUGGGAAGAAGUGGAAGAUACAGGGAAUCAUGGGGAUCAAAAGAUUUCCAAUUUUUUCAGAAAAUCGCCGACUAAGUCUUGCGAAUUCAAGAAGCGCCAUCAGUUUUUUGCUGACAGAUGCCUCUUCAAUACUUCCAUGUUAUGAUUUUUCUAGUUUAUAAUACGAAUAGUACACACAGUGUCUUAUAGUUAAAAAGCUAUCCUUAAACGAAAUUGAAACUUAUCUCUGAUUCAUCGACGUAAACGCCGCUUUAUUUAUCAGAACGUUAAGUUAAAGAUAAAAGUCGGUUCGUUUUAUGUACAUAUGUACAGAAUGCUCUUACAGUAAAAUACCGUAUGCAGAGAGUGGUUUUUAAUCCACUCUAUGUAUUUCACUCGUAAUUAACAAUUAGGAAUGUUAUUUAGCGCAAAAUGUUCCGACGUUCUUUGGUAAAACACGCUCUACAUUCACACGCAUACACACGGCUCACAAUAACUUCUAGAGUAACAUAUCUCUGCGGCUGAUUAAUAGCGACUAGAUUGAUAAAAGCUACGACGAAAGAGAACACUCUCACCGGGUUAAAAUUUUCCUUGUUCUCUCGCGAUUGGACGAUAGAAACACUCGUGUACAAUUAGAAUAUAAAUAUACUCGGCGUUUGUUCAUUCAUUCUGAUUGAUUAUAACUCGUUCAUUUACGCUUGUGAUUUCCUUAACAAUAAGAGACGAAGAAGAGAAAAAGAAAAGUACGUAGAGUGGCAAUUUCGCACUGUCAAGAGUUUGAAGAUACAUGUAUAAACGUAGAUUUAUAAAUCGAGACUGCUUUUUAAACUCUGU